AUGAUCCAGCGCCGCAGGCCGUCCUCCGGCCUCUGGAAGAUCGUGGUGUGGGACGAGCCCUUCUUCCAGGGCAAGCGGCACGAGUUCACCACCGAAUGCUACAGCACUCCGGAGCGCGGCUUCAGCACCGUGCGCUCCUUCAGGAUCGAGAGUGGGGCCUGGGUGGGCUUCGAGCACUGCGGCUUCCAGGGACAGCAGUUUGUGUUGGAGCGUGGUGAGUAUCCGUGCUGGGAGGCGUGGAGUGGCAGCAACGCCUACCACGUGGACAGGAUGAGCUCCUUCCGCCCCAUCACCUGUGCUGAGCACGGGCACAGCCAGCUGCUGCUGUUCGAGCAGGAGAACUUCCAGGGCAGGAGGGGGGAGCUGAGCGACGACUGCCCCUCGCUGCCCGAGCUGGGCUGGGAUGGCAGUGCCGUGGGCUCCUUCCUCGUCUGCUCCGGCGCGUGGGUCUGCUCACAGUACCCUGGGUACAGGGGCUUCCAGUACCUCCUGGAGAGUGACAGCCAUGCCGGCGAGUACAAGCACGUUCGGGAGUGGGGCUCCCAUGCACAGACGGGCCAGGUGCAGUCCAUCCGCAGGGUUCAGCAGUGA